GUUUCUUGAUUGAUUUGUAAACUAACAGAUGGCAGAAAGGCAAUGACGUGUCUUCUCUUCUAUAUGUGAUUUUUUUCUCCAGCCGGAACGUGGUAGUUUCAAUGUAUUUCUGAAGCACUUUCGAAUGAAAAAUACGUGAUUGACCGUUUCACCGGUUAGAUUCAUCAAUAAAACAAUCAUGAACAAAUCAACGAAAUCGUUGAUAAAUCGCAAAACGGCGGGCUACUCAUCCUUGAUAACAUUUGCGGUAUUGUUGUUGGCAUGGAUUUCUGGAUUUUCGUCCAGACUGUUUGCCGUGAUCCGAUUCGAAAGCAUAAUUCAUGAAUUUGAUCCUUGGUUCAAUUACCGAGCUACGGCUUAUAUGGUACAACAUGGAUUUUAUGACUUUCUGAAUUGGUUCGAUGAACGGGCUUGGUAUCCAUUAGGAAGAAUUGUCGGUGGUACUGUGUACCCCGGAUUGAUGAUUACGUCGGGCGGUAUACAUUGGUUAUUACAUACGUUAAACAUUCCUGUCCAUAUUCGCGACAUUUGCGUGUUCUUAGCACCAAUUUUUAGUGGUUUAACAGCAAUCUCAACAUAUUUCCUUACAAAAGAGUUAUGGUCGCCAGGUGCCGGCCUAUUUGCAGCAAGUUUCAUUGCCAUUGUACCCGGUUACAUAAGUCGAUCGGUGGCUGGCUCGUACGACAAUGAAGGUAUCGCUAUAUUCGCCCUACAAUUCACUUACUAUCUGUGGGUGAAAUCCGUCAAAACCGGAUCGGUAUUCUGGGCAGCUAUGGCAGCUCUGUCCUACUUUUACAUGGUAUCCGCCUGGGGUGGCUAUGUGUUCAUCAUCAAUUUGAUACCGUUGCAUGUAUUCGUAUUGUUGCUGAUGGGUCGCUAUUCAGCCCGAUUGUUCACCAGCUACACAACAUUUUACAUUCUGGGACUGUUGCUGUCCAUGCAGAUUCCAUUCGUUGGAUUCCAGCCGAUUCGCACAAGUGAACAUAUGGCUGCGUCCGGUGUUUUUGUCCUUCUGCUAGCGGUGGCAUUCCUGAAGCAUCUACAGACGAUUCUGUCGAAGCAAGAGUUCAAAAAGUUAUUUAUCAUUGGCGGUUUGGUGUCCGCAGGAGUUGUAUUUCUGGCCGUAGUGUUGCUGACUAUUAGCGGUGUCGUUGCACCGUGGAGUGGUCGAUUCUAUUCGCUUUGGGAUACUGGCUAUGCAAAAAUUCACAUUCCAAUUAUCGCUUCGGUGUCCGAACAUCAGCCCACCACCUGGUUCUCGUUCUUCUUCGACUUGCACAUAUUGGUGUGCACAUUCCCGGUCGGACUGUGGUAUUGCAUCAAGAAGGUGAAUGAUGAACGAGUGUUUGUCAUUUUGUACGCAAUAUCGGCGGUAUACUUUGCCGGUGUCAUGGUACGAUUGAUGUUGACAUUGACUCCAGUCGUUUGCAUUUUGAGUGGUGUUGCAUUUUCGGGAUUGUUGGAAGUGUUUUUGAAGGAGGACAACCAACCGGAUCGCAUUCAAAACGAAGAAACGGAAGACUUGGAGAAGAAGAAUAUGUACGACAAACCAGUGAAUCCAACAAAAACAAAAUUGCGACCAAAGACCGAUCAACAAUCAAACGAUUCGACUGGCAUCGGAUCAACGCUGAAAAGCAUUGUAAAUGUUGCAAUUCUAAUGCUGCUAAUGAUGUUUGCUGUGCAUUGCACUUGGGUUACCAGCAACGCCUAUUCGAGUCCAUCAAUCGUAUUGGCUUUCUAUAAUGGUGCUGACGGAACACGCAACAUUCUGGACGAUUUCCGUGAAGCCUACUAUUGGCUGUCUCAAAACACUGCUGAUGAUGCUCGAAUAAUGUCGUGGUGGGAUUAUGGAUAUCAGAUAGCCGGAAUGGCGAAUCGGACAACGCUAGUGGACAAUAACACUUGGAACAAUAGUCAUAUAGCGCUGGUGGGGAAGGCAAUGUCUUCCCCGGAAGAUAAGGCUUACGAAAUUAUGACGUCGUUGGAUGUUGACUAUGUACUUGUGAUAUUCGGCGGUGUGAUUGGUUAUUCGGGUGAUGACAUUAACAAAUUCUUGUGGAUGGUCCGUAUUGCCGAGGGUGAACAUCCAAAGGACAUCCGGGAAAGUGACUUUUUCACAGACAAAGGAGAGUUUCGCGUCGAUGCCGAGGGUGCACCGGCGCUACUGAACUGUUUGAUGUACAAAUUGAGUUACUAUCAGUUCGGUGAGCUGAAAUUAGAUUACAGGGGUCCACCGGGCUUCGAUCGAACUCGGAACGCUGUCAUUGGAAAUAAAAAUUUCGAUUUAACAUAUUUGGAGGAGGCAUACACAUCGGAACAUUGGCUGGUUCGAAUUUAUAGAGUUAAGAAACCACAUGAAUUCAAUCGACCAGCUAUCAAACCCGAUGAGCGAACAGUCCAGUCGAAUUACUUUGCAUCGAAGAAGACAACCAAACGGAAGAAGGGAGUCAUCAAGAACAAACCCGUGAUUGUGAAGGGAAAACGACCAAUCAAAUAACCAGAACAUAGUCCCGACUCACACCUCAGCAUUUAAGUCUAAAUAGAAAAGAAAAUGUUUUGCCAAAAAAAAGAGAAAGAAAGAAAGCGAAAAUCGUAAAUUGAAACAAGAACCACAUGCACACACAUACACUUAACAACAACUUCAACAACAAAUAAAAAUUAAAGAAAAUCUCACCAUUGAAUCAAUGUUACAACAAUAAAUCCAACAGCAACAAUUACUGAGACACGAAAGAAGUUAAUUUAUAAUGUGGCCUUAAAUGAAAUUACAUUUUUCCAUUCGACAUUUUUUAAUUGAAAUUUGGAAUGUGAAAUUGAUAAGGGAACACCAUUUAUAAAUUAAAAGAAAAGAAUAAAAAAAACGACGAAAAUUUUAAUCCAAAAACGAAAAAUAGGGACAUUGACCACACACACACACACACUGACACAAUUCGAUGAAAUUUUCUUUCUUUAGGUUCGAGUUUUUUUUAAGUACGAAAGUAAGUACGGAAAGAAAAACCAAAUUUUCUUUCUCGAUUUGUCUUGUGAAACACACCACUUACCACUUGAUUUAAAAAAAAAUGUUUUUGCCUUUUUUCCACACACAUACACAAGAAAAACAACGUCACAUUCAAACGAAAAAUUAAAAAAAUUAAAAAGAUUUGAACACAAAAAAUGUUUCAUGGAGCAGGGGAAGCAAUUAAAUUGAAUUCGGAUUUACAGCCCCAUAUAAGGGAUGUUUCCGUUUUUUUUUGUUUUUUAUUUUAAGAAAAAAAAAAAGAAGAAAUUACGAGUGUCGAUUGUUCAAUUUUUAUAUUUUCUUAUUUAAUUGUAAAUUGAUUGAACCUCCCCCAAUUUUAAAGUACAAAAUUUCGUAUUUUAAUUGAAAAAUCGAAAAAAAAUGAUUUGAAUUGAUUGAACAACCAAACAAUUUUAAACUUUAAAGUCAAUGAAUGUUGUUGUUUUUGGUCCAUUUAUGAUUUUUUUUUUUGUUGCAUAAGAACAAUUUUGAAACUGAAUAAAGUAAGUCUAUCACAAAAGACUGAUUGAAUGAA